CUACUCGAGGCUCUCACUUCUCAGAGCGCUAGAGGAAGCAGCAGAGGAGGCGCAGCCCCUUCCCAAGAGAUCUUCAAGCGCACCAAACAAAAAUGGCGAGAGGAUUGAAGAAACAUUUGAAGAGGCUCAAUGCCCCAAAGCAUUGGAUGCUCGACAAACUUGGUGGUGCAUUUGCUCCCAAGCCUUCAUCUGGACCUCACAAAUCCAGGGAAUGCCUUCCAUUGAUCCUUAUUCUACGAAACAGGUUGAAGUAUGCUCUCACUUACCGUGAGGUCAUUGCCAUUUUGAUGCAACGCCAUAUUCUGGUUGAUGGGAAGGUCAGGACGGAUAAAACUUAUCCUGCAGGAUUCAUGGAUGUUGUAUCAAUCCCUAAAACAAAUGAGAAUUUCCGUCUCCUUUAUGACACCAAGGGUCGGUUCCGUCUCCACUCAAUUAGGGAUGAAGAGGCAAAGUUUAAGCUCUGCAAAGUCCGCUCUGUUCAGUUUGGCCAAAAAGGUAUCCCUUACCUGAACACCUAUGAUGGACGAACCAUCCGCUACCCGGACCCUGUAAUUAAGGCAAACGACACAAUCAAGCUAGACCUGGAGAGCAACAAGAUCACAGAUUUCAUCAAGUUCGAUGUUGGGAAUGUAGUCAUGGUGACAGGUGGAAGGAAUAGGGGACGUGUUGGAGUCAUCAAGAGCAGGGAGAAGCAUAAGGGUACCUUUGAGACCAUCCAUGUUCAGGAUGCCAGUGGGCAUGAAUUUGCAACUCGGUUGGGGAAUGUGUUCAUCAUUGGAAAGGGGACAAAGCCAUGGGUUUCCCUUCCUAAGGGUAAGGGUAUUAAGCUGACAAUCAUUGAAGAGGCCAGGAAGAGGCAUGGAGCAGAAGCAGCUGCAUCUACAGCAUAAAGAAUCUUGGUAAAAACAUUCUUCAAAGUGACUAAGUUGACAGUUAUUUUGUAGUUUGAUCCCGGAUUUAUGCUCCAUUUUUUUGUCCUUUUUAUUAUGCUUCGAAGUUUGAAAAGAUUAUCUUAAACUAUUGUUAUUUCGACUUGAAAAUUUUGCUUGACUACUUUAA